CUUAUACAUCUCUUAUAUUGAAAGUUCGAGCCAGUGGCUGGGAUAAUUUGUAUUUUAUCCUGAAACUGAACAUUAGCCGCUGUAACCAUCCACCUCUCGCACCUGGCAAUACACCUGCCUGUUGUUACCGUCAACACCCGAGACCUCCGGGCUUCACUAACGCUGUAAGGAUGAAGAUUGAGAACAGCCUGCCCCGCCCCCAGCUCCCCGAGUCUCCGCCCCAGACAGGCCUGCAGUUCACCGUGGCGACAGAGGAGGACUUUGAUGAGAUCAUGGCCAUAAGCCAAGACAUCUACGGAGGGCUUGACUACCUACCGACCCGCUACACCGCCUGGCUAUCCGAGUCCAACCGCACUGUCAUACUGGCCCGCAAGCAGGGCAAAGUGAUUGCCCUGGAGUCGGUGUGUGUGAUUGACGAUGGUGAGACCAUGCUGGUGGAGGGGUUACGUGUGGCCCCCCAGGAAAGGGGGAAGGGUGUGGCAGGGGUGCUGCUACGGUUCUGCUCUCAACUGGUCAAGUCCAAGUGGCCUGAGGUGAAGGUGACCAGGCUGACCCGUGACGACCAGCUGGGGCCCAAGGACUUCCAGAAGUACCGCCUCAUCACCAAACAGGGCAUACUGCUGGUUCGCUUCAACGCUGAAGAUCUCAAGCUCCGGCUCUCCGAACUGGGACCGGUUGUGACCCUUCCCACCUACUCCGAAGGUACCCCCCAGGGUUCUGACACCCCUCUGGUUCCCCCUGUCCUUCUGGACCUCAACGAGGCCCACCAGAUGUUCCUCAACUCGGGCCUGAUGUCCAACGUGCUCCCCAACGCUACCAUCGUCCAGGACUGGCAGCCGUUCAAGCCAGUGCCCAGCAACAUGGUCAUUCUUCUGAAGAAGGACAUCGACUGGAUGGUGGACGACCGCUACACCCCCACUGUGGCCAGCCUGUGCACCCACCCCUUCUGGGUUCCUGGAGGUCCUCGCGGAGUUGGGACGGACACGUACUACCUCAACAUCGACGUGUUUGGCAAGGACAUAGGCCUGGUGCUCCAUCAGUUCCUGAGUCACCUGAGGCGCCACGCCACCACCCUGAAGGGGCACGUCAUGUGCCAGAUGUUCCUGGAUCCUCCCAUGUGGAAACCCAUGGCCGAGUUCUGUUGCCAGACACUGAAUGUGGAGCUGGUGAAGGAAUACACGGAGCAAUGCGUGGUCGAGUCGGAUGUCGUGUAGCCCAGAGGAAGGAGGAAGAGGAAGAGGAGAGACAAGAUGGAAGAAGAAGUAACAUGAAAUCAUUUUAAAAGUUUCCAGAGACCCAAUGAACGAAUGAACCUAAUUCUCUUUAGAAAAUGAAAAUUUCCCCAAGAAACUUCAGAAGGAUUGGCAACAACCUCGCUAAGCAACUAUAGCGAAACACCUCAGAAGGAUUGGCAACAACCUCGCUAAGCAACUAUAGCGAAACACCUCAGAAGCUGCAUAAUAUUUGCAAUAUGUUUGAUUUGAACACUACCGCUAACAGAAAUAUUUUACACAAAAAAAGGCAGCUACAUGAAAAACUUUUGACUAAUUAGUUUGAAUUAUUAGUUUGAAUUAUUAGUUUGAAUUAGCUUCUCACCAUUUUUUUUAACCAUUCAGUCAUUUAAACAAAUCUAGCUCUUAACAACAGGAUGCUAAUGUUAUUCCUUUAAAAAAGACAAAAAGACAAAUGCAAGCUAGCUUGGAGAAUAUCAUGCCUUUCAAUCCUUUUAAUGUAAAUAUAAAGUAUAAAUAUGUACACAUUCUGAAUUGCAAAUAAGUCUGCACAACUCUUGAGGCACUUUAUGAAACCAUAUGGGCUGUUGUGCUAAAGUGCAAGUGAUGACGGGAGGAGGAGAGGAGUCGUUUAACUUGUAGAAAUACCAGAAUAUAACUGAUUCAGAACGCAUCACUCCCAUGGUAACGGUAGAAAUCCUUAUGGACCUAAUCUAUCCAACACCAUAUCCCCAAAUACUGUCCAACAAACAAUAGCCCUUCAGUGAAUCUUACAGAGCAUUUGCACGCUUAUAAUUCACACAAAAUGGCUGAAACGGAACAGCUAUAAUUACACUUAGCUUAUAACACUAAAACAUGGCCAGUUUGCAUUUAAAACAAUUUCAUUUUUUUUUAAACAAUUGCUCAGUUGUUUUGUUUUUAUGUUUUUAAGCACUUAAUCAUAUUGCUAAUUUAUUGUUACUUUUCCUCGUGUACUUGAAUGCAACCGUAGUAUCUAAAGAGGUAAUAUAUUAUCAGCAGAAGCUUUCUGGAGGCUUUCUAAUACGUAAUGUGCAAUCCAAGCUUACUCUAUAGUACAUUGCUAGUAGUGUGCAAUCCAAGCUUACUCUAUAGUACAUUGCUAGUAGUGUGCAAUCCAAGCUUACUCUAUAGUACAUUGCUAGUAGUGUGCAAUCCAAGCUUACUCUAUAGUACAUUGCUAGUAGUGUGCAAUCCAAGCUUACUCUAUAGUACAUUGCUAGUAGUGUGCAAUCCAAGCUUACUCUAUAGUACAUUGCUAGUAGUGUGCAAUCCAAGCUUACUCUAUAGUACAUUGCUAGUAGUGUGAAAAAGGGGGCUGUACUUACUUUACAGUAAACCACAAAGACUAAAACAUUUAAACUAAUGUAGUUCUGAUUGACUUAACAUUAACAACAUUGUUCAGUAGCUAGAGAAAUAAUUCCAUGGUAAAUGUCGCCAUCGCAAAUAUUAGCUGACAACCUUUGUAAAGACUGAAUUGUAGUCCUUCAUCAACAUAGACUCAGUCAUCAGACAUGCUGUGAAACAGCCCUCUGAAACCAUUUUAAGCUUCGUAGCCACUCUAAGAUGCUUCAUAACCCCUCUACGAAGCUCCAUAGCUACCCUAAGAAGCUUCAUAAGCUUUGGGACAUGAUCAGAGCUCAGAUAAGCAAAUGGGACACCCUUUGCUCUCGAAAGUUUCAUAACCACUCUACUAAGCUUCAUAGCCACUCUAAGAAGCUUUAUAAGCUUUCGGCUCUUGAACAUUCCCUUUAAGACAUGAUGCCCUUGACACUAUGUAGCACUGAACGAGCCUACAUUGCAACCCCCAACUUGAGACUAAAACCACUACAGAUCAGUUACUGGCCACUUCACUGACUCCAACCUGCCCUCGUUGUAAAAGGGACCUUGUUGUAAAGGAUGAAAUGGACGGAGGAAGAGAAUAGCUUUUUAUUUUUUGGUAGACUGAUCAGUGGUUUGCCUGUCUUUCCCUGACUCUAAAGGAUGAACGCACUCACCCAUGAUAAAUGAAGGAUUUAGGACUGGAUCAAUAUCGGACGAUGGAUGAGAUGCCUGGAGAAAUUGGAAUGAAGAAUGAAGCAAAUGACAUACCGGAUUCCAUAUUCUUCAAACCAACAAAACAAUACUUUGUCAAGGCUGACAAUGAUUUUCUCAGUUCUCUGAGAAGCACUUCCUAUUUUUUCCACCGAUCGAAGAAGCAAACAUGGACUGACCCCCCUUCUUUUGCUGUGGCGAGUCGUGAGGAAGCCAAAGAUGAAGAUGAAGAUGUGAGUUGCCUGACUCCAGUGGCGAAGAGAAGAAGCAGUACACAAUCAUUCCUACACCACCCCACCCUUGUCUCUAAAGGCAUUCCCCUACACAACGUACGAAACCCCACAUGAAACCCCCCCAAUCAAAUCAUUUCUAAGAAAUUCUCCAUCAUAUGGGAAGGUGGAGCUUUUCCUCACAAGCCCAUACAACCCCUCUCUCUGUCCAUCUCUCCUCAUGAAUAGAUUGAAGACCAAUUUAAAGCCACUGAGUUUAAAACAUCACUAUGUAGGUUAUAUAAAUCUCUUGGCUGGUCAAAGGUAAUGUUCCCUGGAUGCACUGUCGUAUCCAUGCCGACCAUCUGGUGUAUGUAAAUGAUCUUGGAGAGCGUGCUUUCCUGCUGCUAGUGUGUGCCCACAAGACCAGAUGAUUUACCAAACGUAUUGUUCAGAAAACCGCAUAGUUAAAUUUCUCCCAAUUUUUUUUAAAGCUGGUUUGAACAAUUCAGAUUUUGGCUUCGUAGGCUACGCCACAACACGAGAGUAGUCGUUUUGAAUUUACCUUGGUGGUGGUUGGACAUUUAAUGAAUAGAGCUCAGUGUAUUUACAAAAAGGUCACUGAGAUGGGAGAAUAUGAGCUAAUUUGUCUCUUUGAUUUUAAAAACAUUUGAACAACUCCAGUCCAGUCCACACCCCAUAUCUGUGUCUGUCGGACUGCACGAUUGGCAAAUGGAAAGCAGUUCUACUGUUACUUCAUGUUCUCCUUAUCUCGCCAUGGUAAAGUUAAAAGCAUCUGAGUGCGAGUGGGGAGUGGGAUUUUAUAAUUCCACAGUGUCACGGUGGUGUUGGUGUUAGUGGCGGUAGUGGACUUUGCAUGGUCACAGACACACAGUGUUGCAUUGUAUGACUGCCGAUAUACCCUGCAUAGUCCACAGAUCCACAGAUCAACUGAUCCAAUGGCUUUCCAAGACCAUAUGGCUAAAAUGGAUACCAGUACACACCGCAGCACGUCCAGGGAUACGACAGGUUGGAGGGUAUUUGGUUGGAGGGUGAACACAAUCUUUGAUAUGAUGCACACAGACAUGUAUUAAAAACUUAAAAACGAUUCCCACAGCCUCACCAUGCCCAUGCAGUCUAUUGCCCAAAUGCCCACUACUUACCCACCCAACAACAUGUUCUAAUCAAUGUUGUAUCCACUACUACGAUAGAGACAAGGUUGUUGUCAUUCAAACUGCCUCAGUCCUCAACAUACCCAUCCAGUGAAGACUAUAUCCCACCUCCAUCUUCAUACGGACUAGACAUGAUGGUUUUUAUCUUAAUUGUUGUCUGGUGAAUUGGUGGUUUGUCACCUGGUAUAUUUCUGUACUGUAUAUUUCUAUAUUUGACAUGCAGAUAUAUGCACAGUGUUUCAGGGGGAUGUGAAUGUUGAAAUAAGAUGCAGUACUGUAGGUGUCUUUUGUCUUGUUCUUAAAGGUAUGUUUUGUGUGUUUGAGGGAAAGCUCCAAGGAGAAUGUUUGGCAGAGAUCCAAGGAGAUUUGAUUGGUUAUAGGGUGCUCCAAAUCUGAUAAUUCCGGACUCAUUCCAGAAUUAAAAUAAUUCCGGGCACUCUUAAAAGAUUAUGUAGCAGUACAAGUCAUCCACUGUUGCAACAUGGGAACUCUCCUUCUUCCCUUGUCCCCCAUUCCACACACACAGCCGAGAGAACAAAUGGUGUUGAACCAACAGCUUUGGGAAUAGAUAUGAUGAACAUGGUGGAUAUUUAAGGGUUUCCUAAAGCACUGUGUAUUAGUACGUGACAUGCAUUUUACAUGUGAAAGAUACUGUAUGGUUAUGUACUAAACCAGGAGGAGGGUAUUUAAUGCUCUCUCUUGAUUAGGGGGUUCUUAACACAAUGAGGUUACUGUUACUGCACUGUGCUGCCAUUGAGUCGGAGCUCGGUCUGAGGGCGGUAGAGUAAGCACUUUGUUCAGCCGAUUCAUUGGCUCUCUGCUGCUGUGAUAAUGUCGGGGAGGGCAGCAGGGUGAAGUGAAACCCAAAGGAUGUGACAUCAGUCAUUCAUAGUUCUAACUGAACAGCUGGUGUGUUCUGAUGUGUUCUGUCGCGCUGUCAUCGUCGUCAAGGUCGAUGUUAAUCAGCCACUGUUAUGGAGCAAACGUUAGAUUGAGACUAAACACCCUAUGUGUCAUCAGUUCAAGCGCACUGUGCUUGUCCAUUGCCGCGACAGACGAAGAACUAUUAUUGAAUAAUUUAUCGUUAUGAAUCUGAUUGCAUGCUUAGUUCUAUAUUUGCUGAUUAAACAUAAAUAUCAUAUUCCCCCCCCCAAAAAAAAUAUUUAUUUUUAUUAAUUAAGACAUUAACGAUCAAGUUUGAUGUACAAACCGUACUUCAUCUGAUGGCUGGUUAUCAUUUAGCUGUGACUCUGUGUUCUCUAAUUGUACAAAUGUAUGCAGGUGUUCUUUGUGUUUAAAAAAAAAAUACUAAUGAUUUCCUCUUAUAUACCUUGUAUUCCACCCAUCCCAUUCUUUUCAUUUUAAUUCCUCACCGCUUUUCACUUUGUUCUUAAAACCGUCACAACAUUUAAUCUCUUUAAAUCUAUAUUUGGUCAUUUUGAAUACGGACACACUUGCAGUAUUAUAAACAGCUGGAGCUGAGAUGAAGUAGAUGAAUGCGAGUUGCUACAGUUCUUAGCAUUUUGUCUGACAGAAAGUGUGACAGGUGCCAUGGUGACGUGGUUGAAACAGACGGGAGAAAGUUCAGAGAUGAGCUUCUAUUGAUAACAUAGACUGAUCCCAGAUCUGUUAGCGUUUUGGCCAACUCCUCUGUCUAUGAUAGUCAGACAAAUUUGGCUGAAGUACGUACUGAUCUCGGACCAUUAUAGUGGCUCGUUUUAGUAGUUAUGGCUAUGCUUGGUGGUGAAGAAGGGGAGAGUAAACCGAAACCCUCAUCCCUCAUUUAUGAAAUGGUGGAGGUGGAGGUCAUAAAGAUGAGGGGGAUGGAGGACGGAGAGGUCAGGGAGAGAGGGAAGGAGGGAUGGUGUGGGUGUUGAGGAGGAGGAGAUUAGGGAGUUUCUCUCUGUCUCUUAUUGUAGUACCUAAGAGGCAAAACCAGGGGAGGAUGGUUACAGUAGGUUACAGAACCCUGAAAAAGUCUAUGAAGCUUUGUCGCCAAGCUAAGAUGCUUUAUAACCACUCUAUGAAGCUCCACACGGUAGAGUCUGACCUUUAACCCACAUGCACAGUAUGUGGGUAAAAGUUCAGACAAAAACGUGGGGGAGACAGAGAUAGCAACAGUAGGGAGAGGUGAAUGACAAUAGAGGACCAGGCCGGUCAAACUAUUUAUAUCUACUACAUUGUUAUGUAUCCACACUAUGUACCCUUCUAGUGUCUAGGGCAGAGCACAUGACUUCCUGGUUCUCUAGCUACCCAUGGACAGCAGGUGUAAAACACCGGUGACAAUUUAUCACUCACAACGCUGACACUUAGACACUGACUAGACCAGAGCUCUCCAACCCUGUUCCUGGAGAGCUACCCUCCUGCAGCUUUUAACACCAGUUGUAACUAACCGGAUUUAGCUUAUCAACCAGCUGGGUUAUUAGAAUCAGGUUCGCCGGUUUAGGGUUGGAGUGAAAUCCGUGAGGACGGUCGCUCUCCAGGAACAGCGUUGGAGAUCCCUGGUCUAGAGUCAGUGUGUCCAAAUGUCAGCGUUGUGAGUGAUAGACUGUCACCAGUGUUUUACGCCUGCUGCCCAUGGGUAGCUAGAGAACCAGGAAGUCAAGUUAAAGCUGUUCUGUUUGCAGACUGAGGCUGUGUUCAGAGUGAACAUCUAUUCCCUACAUAGUGCACACUAGGCAAUAGUGUGCCAUUUGGGACGCACAAUCAGUGUCCUUUCCAAGCUAAAAUACAUUUGUCUUAUCGUUGAAUCCCCUAUGGUGAGGUGAGAGCCAGCAAGGUUUGUAUUUAUAUCUAUAGGCUAACUCCACAUGAGAUGGAGUUGAAGGCCCGUCACCUGCUGAUAUUAGGAUACAUGAUACAGUUAGGCCCCUUAAACACACACUCACACACACACACACACACUUUAUACACAGACAGAAGAGUCUAUUCCUCUCCUAAACUGCUUACUGCUUAGCCAGUGACAUUUAAGAGGCUACGACGACAGUUAGCUAGAGUUUCAGAUUUGUGUGUGGGUGCAUGUGUAGGUGUGUGUGUGAGUGAGUGCGUGUCUGUGUGUGUAAUCUGUCGAUGUGUCACAGUGUCUGGUUGCACGGCGAGAGGCACAGAGACCCUUUUCAGACAGAUUUCUCAGCUGGUUGUGAAUGGAAAGUCUUGUUGUGUCCCAAAUGGCACCAUGCUACCUAUGUAGGGUACUACUUUUAACUAGGGCCCAUAGGGAAUAGGGCGAGAUUUAGGGCGACAACUCUGCGAAGGAGAGAACGGGGGGAAGGGGCAGAGGAAAAAGAGGGAAGGGGGAGAGGUUAGGGAAAAGAGAGAGAGUUUUUCAGGUGCUUGUUGUGGGUUUUGGAGAGAGACAGAUUGGUACCUACAGUACUGUCUGGUUUUAUGGCUGUUGGAAGCUGCUGCUGGUGAAAGUGGUUUUGGCUGGGUGUUUAAUAAGGAUCUAGGACUGCGUGGAAUGGAUUCAAACAGCUGUCUCGACCAGUUAUUGGGAUCGAGUAGCCACGAGUAAUGUAGAUGUACACACACACACACACACACUUGCAACAUAUGUAACACACACACACCCACACCCACACACACACACUUGCACAUUUAACACAUUUAAAAACUAUUUUUUCACAAUCCUAUUUUUCUAUAUCUUCUAAAUUAGUAAAAGCAAAGACCCUAAUGCAUGUUUUAUUAUGGCCUUUCAACUUCAGAAAGGGCUGCUGAAUUUAUAUUUCAUUUUGUUCUCGGUUUUUCAUCCAUUCAUUUAUUUGUUUAUUUCUCCUUCUUUUAACCCUCUGUAUUCAGACACAUCUUAAUCUAUGACAAAGAUUAGGAUAAUUUUGUGACCCCAUUUUUAUCUGAACCUGGGAAAGGAAUCAAGAAGAAAAGCACAAAUGAACCCUUGAUUGCCUGACUACUAGCAAAUAUAAAGUCUUUGCCAAAUUAUAAAUUCAACUAAAACCACCAUCAAAACAAAACUGAAAAUAAACUGGAAAGACACAACAAAACUGAAAAGGCAGCUGGAAUUGACCAGUGGGUACAAGCUUUUGAAGUAUGUUCUUCUUAAUGUCCUGCUUAAGGGAAAAACGAAGAAAAAACCCUUGUGAGAAAAAAAACAAAUCUAAUCUUACUACUUGGCCAUACUGCACCAUGCCAAUGCCUCUUUUGUGAACAACUACUGUAUGUGUGCUCUUGUGCAAUUAUCUCUUAUGUUACUGUUGAUGCGAAAUACUGUAAGGAACAUGGGAGUGGUAGAAACCGUAGGAAUAGAAACAUGGCCGCUGUUACUGUUGAUUUGAAUGUGAAUGGCCGUUCUAGGAAUUCUAUUUAGAAGGGUGAGAAACGCAGCUGGACCUUCUACCCUAUCAAUCUGUGACCAUGCAUAUAGCCCAAGUGUUGUGAUACCUAAUGAUGCUAACCGUGCUACAUGCAUGUUAUCCAACCCAAAUUAUCAUCUGACUGUCCUGCAUAUACAGUACAGUAAUAUAUGUGGCCUGGUCACGUUCGUGUGUACAUUGUAAAUAACCUAAAAGGCAGAAAACAAGACACAGCAUAUUGUAAUUUUGUACGUUUGAACAGAGAUUUUAGAUGCUAUGUGCAAGAUAAAAACAAACACUAAAACACAGUUUCUGGUUACGUCUCCACACCCAAGUUCUGAAAACGUUUUAUAUGGGGAAUGAUUUUUCUGUAACACCAGAUGUAAAGGGGGGGAGGGUAGAUUUCUGUGUGACACCAGACAUGGUCAUUCAGUGGGUUUUCAUUCAAUUCAAUUCAAAGUUAUUAGAGCUUUGUGAUGAAAUAGUCCACCAGCACAUUCAUUCCUUAGGUAAUGUUGAGUGAAUAAUCUUACUCCGUUUCCUUAUUUAUUUCUUCUUCACAUCCAAACAUGUAAAGAAAAGAAACAGCAUAUUAUUCCCUUUAUAAGGUGGAAUCCACCUGAACACUGGGGUUUUUGGGGUCUGAAGUCGUACCAAAGACUUCUCAGAUGGUCUCCCAAGGCAACGCAGCAAAGACCCAACUGUCAAUCUAUAUAUUAUUGUUAUCAGAAUCAGCUUUGGUUAUCUAUGAUAACAAGUUCCAAACACAGCUUCUCUGUACGACCUACUAUACAAAUUCUCCUAAAUGUACCUGUGCAGAAAUUGACCGAUUCCAAUAACUGCUGAGCCUGAAAGAGAUUUAACAAUAAUUAGAGAUAUUUUGAGAUUAGAUAUAUCUGGAUACGCUGAAUAAUCAAAUUAAACAAACAGACAGCUGAGGUCAAAGACAUGGCCUCUGUUGCUCAUGAUUGUUUUUAUUUUUCAACAACAAAAAAUAUUCACACUUACCUUGCCAAGCUUUCACUAUAGCGGUCCAACUAAAUGACCAAUGUCUGAAUAAACACACAUACCUUAUAUAGAUUUAGGUUAGAUGAAAAUGCCCAGACCUUGACCCCUGCUCGGAACCACCAAGGUCAUAGGUCAAAGGUCAUAGAGCAAAGGUUAUGGUUCCGGAGUUUUCAUUUAGCCCUUUUUCCUUGAUAUGGCUGCAGCUGUUGAGUAUCCGCUAGAGUUUCAUGAUUAUAUACGGACGCACAGUACAGUGUAAAAUAUAUUGUACGUUGAAGCCUAUAUGUCAUUGACUCACAGUUAUAACAGGUUAUAACCAAGAUCCUGUGAGAUAAAAUACAGGAUAUAUAUUCAUUUAUCUUGUAACUUUACAGUUUUAAAUCAUUUUAGUGAGACUUCUUAUUGGAUUCACAGCUGUGUGUCUGUCGAGGUGGUAAAUACAGUGGUCAUGCCAUUUGAAGGUACGUUGGUAAUCUGGAAAAAAUGUAUCAUUUUUUUUUCUUGGUCCUUCUAUUCAUUUUAAUAUUUUAUUUUAUACCCAACUUUCUCUGCUUAUUCUCAAGCGGUGAUUUGGAGAUUAUUUUUUCUUCUCAUUUUUAAAAUGUAUUAUUAUGUUUUUUGAUUGUCAUUAUUUUUCAGUUAUCAGAAGCUAUUUUUUUUUGUGAGACUGAGAUGCAAAACUAUUUUAAAUACAAUACUUAAAAAAACGACUUUACAAUCUACGAGAGAUCUAUGGGAUGUGUUUUUUUUCUCUCCAAUUCGGAUGCAAAAAUGUGUGUAUGUUGGGGAUUGACGAUGGGUAUGGAACAGAAACAUGUGGCUAGGUUUACACGGAGUCCACCACACUCAGCAUAAUACUUAAGAAACGUCUUAAGACAAUACGUAAGAUGCUAAUUAAUAAGAUAUGCAUUUUUACUUUGUCUAGGGCAAUACUUAUUCCUGUUUUGACCUAAUAUUCGAGUUAUGCAUUUUUUUUAGUUGUCAAAGCUAGGCAGGUUAGCUAGUAUUAUUAACGUUGUAAAAACUAGACAGGUUAGCUAGUAUUAUUAACGUUGUAAAAACUAGACAGGUUAGCUAGUAUUAUUAACGUUGUAAAAACUAGACAGGUUAGCUAGUAUUAUUAACGUUGUAAAAACUAGACAGGUUAGCUAGUAUUAUUAACGUUGUAAAAACUAGACAGGUUAGCUAGUAUUAUUAACGUUGUAAAAACUAGACAGGUUAGCUAGUAUUAUUAACGUUGUAUAAACUAGACAGGUUAGCUAGUAUUAUUAACGUUGUAUAAACUAGACAGGUUAGCUAGUAUUAUUAACGUUGUAAAAACUAGACAGGUUAGCUAGUAUUAUUAACGUUGUAUAAACUAGACAGGUUAGCUAGUAUUAUUAACGUUGUAUAGAUAUUAAUGUUGUGCUACUAUUAUUUUGGGGGAAAGUAUAGACUUAGGUAUGGGGCACAGGAUAGAUGUUAAAGUUAAAUAACACACCUCACAGACACACACUCCCAAAAUGAUUUUUCUGUGUAAACCUAGCCAUAUACUUACAUGGAAUACAAUUUUUUGAAUGCUUUAUAAUCAUAAAGUGAUGGCUACAAACGGGUUAGUAGUAGUAUUUAGUGAUAAAAAAAUAUAUAUUUUUAAUUUUGCUUGCAUUUAUAUAAUAUUGUUGUAGUAGUAGUAAUACUGUAAAAAAAUGUGUACAUUUCAACAUACCUUCCUUUCUCUCCAUUCUCUGGAUAAGUAGUUUAAUCAAGGACAUUUUAACAUCUACAAACAUAUAAACCUUAUUAAGUGUAUUUUGCAACAUUGUUAAGGACAAAACAGCCGUGGAACACAGUAACUUUGUUUAAUUAUAGAAACUAUUGUGAAGUCCAGGCUGUUUAUGUAUGUAGUAGUAUUUGAGUAGUAUUUUUGUAGUAGUAUAUUCUGAGAUGAAGUAAUGAUGAAAGUAACAAACAUGGCAGAAAUGCAUAUUGUUAGAAAAUGAAACUCCGCACUACAGACGGACGUUUUCAAAAGUUCUUUGUUGAUUGUUUCUUUAUUAUCAUUUUUGUUCUUUUUAAAAAAUUUAUUUUUUACUUUCUCUGUUCAGAUUUUUGCCUUUGUUAGGUGUUGUUAGCUAAAAAGAAAACAUUUUUUAAAAACGAAACAACAAGUGCAUGUCAGAAUGUUAAGCUCUUUCUAUAUAUUAAAAGAGCUCACUUUUUGUGUUAGAGUUACGGAAAUUUACAAGGACAAAAAAAAGAAAAGAAAACAAGAGAAAUAAAGGUGGGGUGGUGAGA